CUAAUAAUUGACAUUACGUGGUGUUUCUGCACUAUAUAUAUACUACGCGACCUUGGUAGAGCGUUUUUUCUAGGACCAUUGACUGGUCAAUCGCAUCUGGUUCAAAAUAUUGCACAGUUAUGACGGCAGAAACGACCAAAAUCAUCGACAUUCGUGUCGGCUCUUCCGACUUCGACAUCUUAGAGCAUAUUAAGAAAGGUCUCCGACCCGAGGAUGACGCCGAAAAGAAGCUUCCCACGUUACUGCUCUACGAUGAAGCUGGUCUGCGGAUCUUUGAGGAGAUCACCUUUCUCGAUGAGUACUAUCUGACCAAUGACGAGAUUGAGGUACUGGAGACCUAUGCAGAUCAGAUUGCACAACGUAUCCAAUCGGGCUCAGUUCUUGUGGAACUUGGGAGCGGCAACCUUCGCAAAGUCAAUAUUCUGCUGGGGGCAAUUGAUCGUCUUGGCAAAGAUGUCGAGUACUACGCUGUUGAUCUAUCAUUGCCUGAACUCAAGAGAACGUUUGCACAGAUUCCUACGGAGGGGUACAAACACGUCAAAUGCUACGGACUUCACGGGACCUAUGACCAUGCCCUUGAUUGGCUGAAGUCUUCCAAGGCCAGUGAGAAGCCGAAGACCAUAUUGUGGCUAGGAUCCAGUCUAGGCAACUUUAAGCGCCAUGAGGCAGCGCAGUUUCUAGCCGGUUUCAGAGAUGCUAUCCAGUCAGGCGAUAGCAUGCUUAUAGCCAUCGACUCCUGCAAGGAUUCGGACCGCGUAUUCCACGCUUAUAACGAUCAAGAGAACGUGACUCACGAAUUCAUCCUCAACGGCCUCAAGCAUGCAAAUAGACUCCUGAAGCAGGACGCCUUCAUUAGCGGCGACUGGGAAGUCGUCGGGGAGUAUGAAAGUGAGACCGGGCGUCAUCAGGCCUUUGUCUCGCCUUUGAAAGAUGUUGAGAUUGAUGGUGUCCACAUUUCAAAGGGUGAGAGGGUGCGCAUCGAGGAGAGUUACAAAUAUUCCCGCGAAGAGAUCUCGCAGCUCUGGGAAGGGGCUCGUCUUGCCGAAAGUAGUGUAUGGGCUAACUCGAAAGGUGAUUAUGGUCUUCAUCUUGUCUCCAAGCCAGCUGUCUUCUUCCCGACAAAACCAGAGGAGUACGCUACCAGGCCUGUUCCCUCUAUCUCUGAAUGGGAAGAGCUUUGGAAGGCUUGGGAUGCCGUGACCCGCCAGAUGAUCCCGGAAGACGAGCUUGCCUCCAAACCUAUCAACCUACGAAAUGCGUGCAUCUUUUACCUGGGUCAUAUUCCGACGUUUCUCGACAUUCAUAUCGCACGUGGCACAAACGGGAAGCCAUCUGAUCCGGCAUACUUUUGGACAAUCUUUGAGCGCGGUAUCGAUCCUGAUGUUGAUGACCCUGAGAAAUGCCACGCUCACUCGGAGAUACCCGACACAUGGCCACCACUGGCUGAAAUUCUGCAGCAUCAGGAGACUAUUCGAGCUAGAGCCAGAGCUCUUUACAAGUCUGGAGAGGCACAAUCAAACGCUCGCGUGUCACGCGCCAUGUGGCUCGGAUUCGAGCACGAGGUAAUGCACUUGGAAACCCUCCUUUACAUGCUGGUGCAGAGUGAGAGAGUCUUACCGCCUCCGGGUACCGUCACACCAGACUUUGCAGCACUCGCCCGACAAUCAUCGACUCUCGCAGUCGAGAAUGAGUGGUUCACAAUUCCCAAGUCGACCAUCAACGUGGGUUUCGAUAACCCGGACAAUGACUACACCACCGAACGUUAUUUCGGUUGGGAUAAUGAGAGUCCACGUCGCUCGGUAGACGUGAAGUCGUUCCGCGCAAAAGCUCGUCCAAUCACUAAUGGCGAGUAUGCGGCGUACCUUUCGAAGACAGGCAAGACCUUGAUACCUGCGUCUUGGUGCGAGCUCUCAAGCACUAGUAAUGUGCCAUCGAACGGUUAUGAGAAUGACAAUAUUGUCAAUGGCCAUCACGAUGGCAUGAACAAUCUAGCCCAGCAACUCACCGAAGAAAAAUACGUGCGCACUGUGUAUGGAGCUAUUCCUCUCCAAUAUGCUCUGGACUGGCCUGUCGUGGCUUCUUACGAUGAGCUGAUGGGUUGCGCUCAGUGGAUGGGCGGCCGGAUCCCCACGAUGGAAGAGACGCGAAGCAUCUACAAAUACGUUGAUCAGAAGAAGACACAGGCAAUCGAGAAAGCCCACGGAAACACGAUUCCAGCUGUCAACAGUCAUUUGAUCAACAAUGGCGUUGACGAAUCGCCACCAUCACGUCCUUGCUUGAACGGCACCUCCAGUGCAGUAGCUGGUCCUAAUCCACACGAUCUCUUCAUCGAUCUUGAAGAGACUAACGUGGGUUUCAAACACUGGCACCCAGUCUCUGUCGUCGAGAAGGGCGGAAAGCUCUGCGGACAGUCUGACCUGGGCGGUGUUUGGGAGUGGACCAGUACUGUGUUGGAGAAACAAGACGGUUUCGAACCGAUGGAGUUGUAUCCCGCCUACACAGCGGACUUCUUCGACGACAAACACAAUAUUGCUCUUGGUGGAUCAUGGGCGACGCAUCCACGCAUUGCUGGGCGCAAGACAUUCGUAAACUGGUACCAGCGCAACUACCCUUAUGUUUGGGCUGGUGCUCGCAUAGUCACUGAUAUCUAGCUGUGCUUUGGCAAUGUCUGAUUGUGCGCAUGACAAGAUCGCGUGUCACGAUAUGCAACAACUCAAAUGUCUCGUAUAUUGGCUAUACAUAUCUUUUUGAACGACCUCAAAUUGGCGUUAUGCGUUUGCUGUUUGUCCUGUUUUGGCUAGUCUGAGUUCGUCGCGAAACAUCGCGGUUGACUGCAUCUCGACAACUCGCUGUUGACCGCAAGUUCAAAUCGUCUCGAAGCUAUUGUAUCGCAAAAUCUUGGUGUCGUCUUUACAUAAAAUUCUGUCUCUGUCAAACCAUCCCUGUCUGUCAGUUACAUCAAUUCAAAU